AUGAAGAAGCUGAACAUGGAUUCUUGGAGAGAAAUGUUUUAUGAGAAGAUAGCGGAGGUGAAGCCACAAGACUAUUGGGACCUAAAGAUGCACCAGAACCUUGAUUACAAUGACUUGGGACCUGGUUGGAAACAAUCACUGCAAGAACAUGCAUUUGCCAGCUUCCAGUGCUCAUCUUGCCAGCAUUUCUGGUCAUCAGUUCAAGUGGUUAUUCUGUUCCACAUGUACCUGGACCAGCGCAGGAGACAAGGCUGGGUGAAGAUGAGAGUCUUCAGACAAGAAUGUUAUGAGUGCUCCGAGGGUAAGUUAGAAGAGCCAAAUUUCAAGGAGGAAAGCGUCCAGAAGGUCUUGGAGAACUUGGUCAUCAGCAUUAGAGAGAAAUGCUAUGGAGAGUAUGUGGCCCAGUUAUCUGAGGUUACAGUGAUAGGACAGCACUAUGGACCACAUCGGAGUGACCAUUGUGAGGCUUGUCGGUUGGGAAUACAUCAGAGGCCCAAACACACGAGGUAUUAUGGAAGACCCAAAGACACAGUGUACUAUGGGACAUCCAAAGACACAAUGCCGCCAGUUCAGCUACCAUCACACAAUUUACCCCAGGACACGAUUUGCGGUAGUUUUGUGUUUUGCUGUGUUUUGUGGACUAUUUGCAUUUUGAUUUUUAUUUAUAUGAACAGUUGGAUCUAA